AUGUUUAUUCUUUCAGAAUUAUCAGAUUUAGUUCGUAUCCCUCCUAGUACGUUCAAUCUUCCGACAAGAGAAUCGAUAAUAAAUGAAUUAAGCAAGAAAUACUCCAAUAAGGUAGUAAAUGAUUUGGGCCUUGCAAUAUCAAUAUGGGACGUAUUAGAAAUAAAGGAGGGUUUACUCAAACCAGGUGAUGGCGCUGCUUACGUGGAAACACGGUUUAGGUGUGUAAUAUGGAAGCCUUUCGUUGGAGAAGUUCUAAUUGGAUGGGUUUCAGAUUGUACUCCUGAGGGUAUAAAGGUCAAGUUAGACUUUUUCGACGAGAUAUUCGUCCCAAAGAACUAUUUAUUCGAGAACUGUGUCUUUAGAGAGGCAGAAAAGGCAUGGGUAUGGCAGCCUGACGAGGAAGCAGAAUUAUUCAUUGAUAUAAACGAAAAGAUUAGAUUCAGAGUAGAGGAGGAGAUAUUUGUCAAUAUUAAACCAAAGGCAAAUGAAGAAGAUGAAGAUAAUUCCGAAAGACCUCCUUCCUAUGCAUUGUUAGCAUCGUGCCAAACAGAUGGAAUGGGAUGUGUUACUUGGUGGGAAUAA